UCUCUCUCCACCAUCACGCAUUUCACCCGUUCAGAAAACUUUAGUUAGUGACUCACUUCAGUCGACGGUUUCUUGUGGAUGUUGUACAGAAUCAGUAGAGAUGUAGUCGGUCAGUCCGAACAACUGAAGUCAUGGGUACAGAGGCGGUAGAGGACUGCAUACAGGGGGCGCUCUCCUCUCUCUACCCUCCAUUUGAAAGCACCGCUCCUCCUCUGCUCUCUCAGGUGUUCUCUGUACUCGAGUCAACGUAUCAACAUGACAGCUUGAGGUAUCUGCUAGAUUUCUUCGUUCCUGCCAAACACCUUCUGCACAAGUUACAGCAGCACGCAUGUUCUCAGUAUCUGGGCUGUCUCUUCUUGCACUCCGGUUGGCCUCUGUGUUUGGGAGAGAAGGUAGUAGUACAACUCUCUACCUUGGAUUGGAGACUCCUACGUAGUACCGACUUUUACCUGCAGGUGGUGCCUUUCUCGACACGUUGCCCUCGCCUUGCUCUGAAGUGCCUCGCAGCUGGUGGACGCAAUGUACAGGAGGUCUUAGUGCAGGAGUCACAGCACCCGCUAGUGUUCACCGCCGAGUGGCUGCAUUGCAUCAACAAGGAGCGUGGCUGCAAAAGAGAAGGUGGUGGAGGAUGUUUGGACACCUGUCUGGUAAGCACACCUGACGGAGUGGUCCGUAUUCCAUGGGAAGAGGUGGUCUAUCCUAAACUCCUGCACAAUCCCUCUGACCCACUCCAUGACAAUCCCGACCCAACUGGCAUGUCCAGCACUUCAGGAGGUCUGGGCCUUGGUUGGGUCUCCUCCUCAGGAGAGCACGAUUCCUGGUCCUGGGAUGAAGAAGAUGACUUGCCCCCAGAUGGGGACGAGGCAGAAACCGAGACUGCAUUAGAACGGCUGCGAAGAAGCAGUGGCACCCAGCUUGGCGAUGGCGCUGGAGAUUACGUGGAACUGCUGGAGCCUCGGGGAGGCCCUGACGGUGGUGCCGAUCCUAAACAACGAUACCUGGAGAUGCAUGGGAUCUGUAAGACCAAAACGCUGCCUCUGUGCAGAAGAGGUAAAGCUUUCCGGCUUCGCAAAGGGAAGGCGAGAGGGUAUGGGAGGACAGAACCCGGUGGAAGGGCGGGCAGUCUGGUACGAAGGGACAGCAACAACAAUGGUAAGGAUGGUGUAGUGUCUUCCAGAGAUCAAGCUAACUCACGGCCUUUGCCUCGCGUCAUUGAUUUGGGUCGUGAGAGGAGGUCAUAUCCUUUGUUCCAGCACUUUGAUGAAGGUGCUAGAGACACGUUAGGUGAUGAAAGUGGGACUAGAGACAGCACGACCAAAGAGAGGAGGCCAGGGGUGGGAAAAGAGAGAGAUGGGAAUGGGUGUAUGCUUUCCUGGGAGGAAAGCCAGACAAGGCAUUGUUCUACAGAUGCUGAUGAUGUUACAAACAACAAAGUGAAUAAUCUUGGAGUGGAGGACCACAAUCAAAUAUUACAAAGUGUUUAUGAUGAUACAACGUUGGCCAGCACGUUGGACUGCGGAAAUGAAAUUUCACCAUUAGCAAAUUCCUCUAAAGGGGCAGGUAAUGAAUUCCUCCCAGAAAACAUAAAGAAGCAACUUAAUGAUGGAUAUGAGACAAGGAGCCCAUCCCUCUCAGAUUCCCUCCUAAACAAUGAACCGGACUCCUCAAGCUGUGCUCAAAGAACAACAGAACACUCAGAUGACAUCAAAGGAAAAAAGCAUGAUGGGAAGGCAGAGAUGUGCGUCGGUCCCAGGGGAAAAGAAGUCAAACCUGGAGGACUCCGAGCACCCAGGAGGAAAAGGAAGGGCAAAGGAGGGAAAGGGAAGGUCAAAUCAAAUGGCCGUGGGCAACUAAAAAUCAAAGUGGACCACACUGCCUCAAAGCUCCAGACCAAAGCAACACACCCAACUGACUCAACUAAAUCACCAAAAAGCAUUUCUAGCCAAUCGGGGGACACUCCUCAGCCUUCAGAAGUUUGCAGUGGCUGUGCAACAUCCACAAUCACAGAAACACAUGGAGAGACAUCAUGUAUUACAUUGGAACAGUCUCCCACAUCCUUUCCGGAACAACCUCAGAAGGAGAUGGGAUUGAACAGCGAAUCUGCUGCAGAGUUGAAGCUCAAAUCACCCCAUCUGAGGGACCUGGAUUUCAAUCUUCUUCAGUCAGGAAAGCUAACGUUAACAGGUACUAUGGACCGAUUGGGGCGAGCGUUGGUCGUCACAGAGAGUCACCUCCCGGAGGAUGGCUGGAAUGAAGAUGAAAUGAUCAAAGUGUUAUCGUGUUAUUACACCAUCACCAGACCUAUGGCCAGAGACAAAGGCCUUACCGUGAUCGUGGACAUCAGAAAGUCCUCUUCAUCUGAACUGUGUUUCUCUGCACUGAUGGCGUUCAAGGGACAAAUGGAAGCGGGGCUUGACUCGGUUCUUAUUCUUUCUGAAGAACAAGAUGAAACAAUCCAACCGUGUCUGGAUGGAAUUGAGGUGCACACAGUGCGAGGUACCGCAAUCCUUCAACAGUUUGUGGAUAAGCAGCAGUUGCCCACAGAAAUGGGUGGAGAUUUCAACCACUCCCACUCCGACUGGCUGGCGUUCAGAUUGAGUCUGGAGGAGUUGACUGAGCGCUGCGAGAGCGCCCUCACCCUGCUGGGAGAUGCACUGCGGUCUAUGGACACAGAGCCUCUGCCCGACUGCAUCAAGAAUGUUGCCCUCGGUGCUGACAAACACAGACAGUUAAUGACGAGCAUCCUCACUGACCAACGGCUGACACAGCUGCAGCAGAGGGGCGGGACUUGGCUGGCAGGUCUGGCCAACGGGAUGUCAGGGUUGGCGCAGAAAUCUCCAGACUGCAAGGCUGCUUUGGCAGUGACCUCUGACCUGUAUGAUGGCGUGGAUGAUGCGCUUCAUCGACUGGUGCGCGUGUCCAAUCGGAGGGGCUGCGAUCUGGACGCUCUGGGACGAUUGGCCACGCUUGUGGAUAAACUGGAGAAGUGUGAGCGUGAGAUAGAGCAGGUCCAGGAACAGUUAGAGGAUUAUAAACAUCCACCGCUGUCUCUCAGCAGACUGUCUCUCAAGCAGCACAAGUUCAAGAGCUUCAGAGAAUCCGCUACGGAGCUUCACAGUGAGACUCUGGUGUUGCUUGGAGAAGUGGAGAGCUGGUCUGAGCUGGACUGGACCGGCUUCAUGACGGUGCUGGACAAACUGCCUCUGAUUAGAGAGAAAGUGCGAGACAUGUCGCACUGUCUGUCUGACUGCUGGACACAACUGGACAACACACAGAGACUGCUGUCCACACUUACUGAAGCGUCUCAGUGGUGUGACGUGGUGUCCUCUUCAUCGCCCUCCUUGUCAUCGUCUCCUCUCUCCUCCCUUCCUCCCAUCCCUCCGUCACGUUUCCAGGACGCUCGUGCGCUGGCUCUUGAUCUGGGCGGCGGGCCUUUACUGGACCUCUGGUCUCAGACUCUGGAGCGCUAUCAGAAAACUCUAGCUCAGUUUAAGAGCCGGAUCCUGCAGGCCGAGCCCAGAACUCCCGCGCUCAGCACCUCCAGCCUCGGGGAGCUAGAGGGCGAGAUCGAGCCGGACUGGUGUCCUGGCGCGGGGGGGGAGGGGGGUGUGCAGUCCUGGGGCUCGCUGGCGUCUCUCUUUCGGCCGCAGAACUGCUCCACGCUGAAGAUCGGAGAGGAGAAGAAGAAAGAGGGAGCGAAUGCAGGAGGAGGAAAGUUCCUGCAGAACCUGCUGCACACCGCAAAGAAGAAUCCCACAGAUGCCCCCCUGCCUCCCAAACCCCCCCGCAAACGUCACCCCAGUUUUGACCUCCAGGCUCUGCUGGCCCCGCGUCGUUCGGCCGCCGUGUCUAAACCAGCCGAGCCGGCGCCAUCUCAGUCCUCCUCGCUGUCCUGGCUGGGCCGGCGGGCGCUGACGGACCCUGUCCUCUCGGCAGGUGUGGCCGCGGCCGUCCCGGGAUGGAAGGAUUCGGCUGGAGGGGGCGGAGUGCUCAUCAGAGGAGUGGAGGUCAGCAGUAAGGAGGUGGCCGAUCACACUGGCCUCACGCGACAACACGUGCUGCUCUCCCGAACGGAGAGAGAGACAGGACUGGAGAGAGCUGGAGCCACGGCACAGAGUAAACUGUAUUUGCAGUGGUGUCGUCUGGUCAGCACAGAGCGUCAGUACGUGGCCGUUCUUAAAGGCGUAGAGGAGAAUUAUCUGCCCCUUCUGGAGUCGCUGGACGCCCCGUCUGCACUGCGGGGUAAAACUGAGGCACUCUUCUGUAACUGGAAAAGUCUCUGUGCCUUCCACACGCAGUUACUCCUCCCUGCCAUGGAGGGCGCUCUCUCACAGACGCUACAGCAGACCGACUGUUUCAGUAAACACAAGGAUCAUUUCCUGCUGUUUUCCCAUUUCAUCCGCAUGAGACUCGAGCCGGAAUCUCCGCUCAUCGGUCAGGCUGCCGACUUCUUCAGGGUCAAGCUGUCGUCAUCUCUUCUUCCUGCUCCUCCCUUUCCUCAAUGUCUCACUGCUCCCAUUCAGAGACUGGAUCAGUACUGUCAGACGCUGGAGGAGCUGGGUGGUCUUAACCCCACCUCUGACUCCGCCCUCUCCAUUCUCAGACACGCCCAGCGUCACGGAGAGGAUCUGCGAGCCAGUGACCUCAUCACAGGGUGUCCGAUCGCUGUGUUGGAUCGCGGGGAUCUGCUGCGUCAGGGUGAGUUGUGCGUGUGCAGCGGAGGCAGACGCAAGAAGAUGGGCGUGAGAAACGUCUUCCUCUAUCAAAACUACAUGAUCUUCACCAAACACAAAACGCCCAACCCAGGGUGCAGUGCGUUCAGCUUCAAACACAGCAUAAAGACAGGUGAAAUGGGUCUCACUCAGAGCGUGGGCGAGGAUGGACUAAGGUUUGAGGUGUGGGUGAGACAGGCGUCUCGCACCAGAGACUGUCUCACUCUCCAGACGUCCAGUGUGCAGGACAGAGAGGCUUGGACCCAUGAUGUCGCUCAGCUCCUCUGGACUCACGCCAUGCACAACACCGAGUUGUGUCUAAGGGAGUCUCUAUGUAUGGGAGUUUCAAGUAAACUAUUACUGGAUGUGACAGGAGCUCAAACCUCCGAACUGGACUCCAGCUUCAGCCUGAACGACAGAGUUCAAAGCAGUUGUUCAGACUCAUCGUCUGUCGGCAGUCUUAAAGAGGGCGACUCGCCCGCAUCCACACGAGACUCGAAGAGAAACACUGAGCAGACGGCACAAGCUCAGAGCUCUUCACCUUCCACCUCUGUGUGAAUCAUCUCAACUUUAAACCCAUAAACUGUGUGCUGCUUCUAACAUCAACACAAAACCUGGAGACGCUUAUGAACGGACGAUCUUCACGUGUCAAAGCUUGUGUGUCGCUUGCUCUUGUUUAGUGACGUUCAGGUACUGAAUUCAAGUGGAUUUCACGUAUUGGACACAUCAGCACCUAAAUCUACAGCCAAAGAUUUAAAGACGUAAACUCAGUGAUUUGGUCUUCGCAGGGUUUUGCUCCACCUCUGAAAGGACUUUUGAUCUCGUCUUGUCCCAAAUAAAAUCACAUCACGGACGGAAAAAUGGGCACAUUUCACCUUUAUCUCAAAUGACAUGACACAAAGAAAAAAGGUGUAGAUGUGAUUUAACAGUACACGGAUGUUCAUACCGUUCUUGCUUUCAUUUGUGCCGUCAACUCAAACUCUAUCAAACUCUUUAAAGCAGCUAAAUCUGUAUAUUCUGUGUAGCACUUGGUGAUAUAGUAUCCCAGUUAAACGUACGAAGAGAUUUGUAUAUCAGACUCGGGCUCUUGUGUGUUUUGUGGAAUUUGGGCCGAGCUCCAUCUCAGAGUUUCUUCUUAUUACGAAGCAGCUGUGUUUUAUUGCGGUGGUCAAACCCAGAUGUGUUUUAUACGUUAUGUGUUAUGUAUGAGUAAAUUGACUCCGCCCUAGUCUUUUUCAUUAGCAAGAUUCUGUCGGGUCUUAAACGGCAUUAGAUGCUGGAGUGCUAAUCUGCUUCAACCGAGUUGAAAACUGACCCAGCAACCGUAAUCCACUUGUGAAUUUAUGAGCUCCGACUCGGGUAAAUCAUCCGUUGGAAGCUUUACUUGCGCUUCGGGAAAGUCGUGAACGCACGUACGGGUAUUGAGCUCCACGUGCUUAAACACAAAUGCGUACGAGUUUGCUAACCUGAUGUCAGCGGAGAGCUUCAGACGGGAUCUCAAUAUGAGUUCUUACGUCCACGUUAACUAAACUCUCACUGUGUUAAACUGAUCGUUCACUCCAAAAAUGAAAAUCCAACCUGUGUGACUUUUUUCUGCAGAACACAAAAGAAGAUAUUUUGAAGAAAGUUGAACAGCACUCAUAAACCAUUCGCUUUAAAACCAAAGUGAAUGGCGUCCAGUUAAUGACAUUCUUCAAAAUAUCUUCUCUCACUGUGUUAAAUUGAUCUUUCACGCAAAAAUGAUAAUCCAACCCGUGUGACUUUCUUUCUUCCGGAGAACACAAAAGAAGAUAUUUCAAAGAAAGUUGGUGACCCAACAUCACUUAAAAACCAUUCAUUUUAAAACCAAAGUGAAUGGGGUCCAGUUAAUGACAUUCUUCAAAAUAUCUUCUUUUGUAUCUGCAGAAGAAAGUCAUACAGGAUUGAAAUGAUGACCGAUUAUUUAUGUUUUUCUCAUGUAAAGGGUUAUAUAAGACCAAUACAAAUAUGUGCCACGUUGCUUUCAGCAGACUUGGUGUCUGUGAUUUGUUGCGGAUCUCAAACCUGCGGGAGGAAUGUACCGUAUCUACAUCACAAACACAAAUUCCGGCCAGAAAUACUCAGAAUAAAUUUUUUAGGGUUGGUUUUCUCUUCCAUAGUAAAUUCCUGAAGCGUUAAGAUCUGACAUAUAUGACUGUUUUAAAUCAUAAAAUCACUUUUCCCAGUAAUGUCAUCAUCAUUCCACUGGGCACUUUGGCCGGUUCUAUGUUGUGAUCUGACAGGUGCAUUAGGUUUCAAAAUAAAUACAUGAUUUUCUUUUUGUAUACAUUUGUAUUAAAAGUCAAAAGUCCAAUCAAAAGAUCUACACACCAUCAAUCGCCCAUUACUGUUUACAUUUUCAAUGUCUUAAAGUGUCAAAUAUUGCAUGAUACAUUAAACUCUGUUUAACUUUGUUCCUGA